AUUAAACAGAGAUUUGUUCAAGAAAAUGAGAAUUAGGGUUUGAGCUUGUAGUUAUAUGAUAAAAUUGGUUCAUGCAUGACGAAAACCCUUCUUCUUUCUUCUUUCCAUCCAAGAAAGAGUCUCUUCCUCACAAUGAUGAAAAACCUGAUAUUCUUCAUCCUCAUCCUAAUAAUGGUGGAGCUCACAUUUUCGACACCCAUGGCAGCACCACCCUCUCCGCCAACGCAACAGAUGAACAACAUUCUGGAUGCGCUAAUAGGUGCCAGCGACUUCAGCGCCUGGGUCUCCAUCCUCUCCUCCGCCAACGGCACCAUCCUUCCGGUCAGUGCCACCCUCUUCAUCCCACGCAACGCCGCCGUCGACCGUCCUCCACCGGAUCCUCUCCUACUCCCCUACCACGUCGUCCCCCAGCGCCUCCCCUUCUCCGACCUCCUCCUCCUCCCCCGCCGCGCCCGCCUCCCUACUCUCCUCGCCGCCAAAACCAUCUCCGUCACCGACAACUCCCCCUCCAACUUCUCCCUCGACCACACACCCCUCACCCACCCCGACCUCUUCUCAACCCCCUCCCUCGCCGUCCACGGUGUUCAGUCCUUCCUCGACUACUCUCUCUUCGGCGACGGCCUCCCUCCUCCUCCCCCUCCCCCCUUUCUCCACGGCGGCCACUCCAUCGACUCCGUCUGGAACUCAGGUGCGCCCUGCUCCCGCUCCCGCCUCAACGGCGUGGUUUUGCCCGCCAUCUUCUCUUUCGUUCUUGGACUGCUGCUAUGCUAG